GUCAACAUGUCAGCAGCAGCCACCUUCGUGGUGCUCUGGGUUGACCUGGGUUCAGGAGAGGACCCUGACAUUAAUCCGGGCAGAAAAACCCUAGCCUCCCCCCAAAAGGACAGAAAGGGGUUUUUGUUUGACUGUUUUGCAUCUUUCAUCCUAUGUGGCUCUCAGAACGUUAAAUCCAGGAGUGCUUUAUGAAGUAGGGUGCGUCGUGCCUGCGACUUAGGAGGAGAAACGGUGGUGUGGAAACGUGCAAACUGUUAGCGAGGGUCUCAGCUAGGCUUCCUUCCGACCUCAGGCAGCAGCUCCCCUCCCCAGCUCGCCCCCCAGCCAGGACCCUCAGCUGUCCCCUAAGGCCCCCUGCGACAGCUGAAGGGUGUGCGGGGUGGGGUCUGGGGGUCCAGGCGGCGCUGGUCACACCCUCCUCGCUCACACUCAGCGCCCCCACUCCCCGCCCCUCCCCCCAGAGGCUCGGCACUAUUUUGGGUGGUGUAGACCCCGCCCCCACCUCCGACCGAGCCCUGGCUCUCUGGGCAGCUGGAGGGGUCCCGCUGCGCCUCUUGGGGCUGCACGUCCGGCCAGGACCGCUGCCGCGUCUGCAGCCAUGUCGGGCCGCUCGGUGCCACAUGCCCACCCGGCCACCACCGAGUACGAAUUUGCCAACCCAAGCCGCCUGGGCGAGCAGCGCUUCGGAGAAGGCCUCCUGCCAGAAGAGAUCCUGACCCCCACGCUCUACCAUGGCUACUAUGUCCGGCCUCGGGCCGCUCGAGCUGGGGAGGGCAGCAGGGCAGGGGCCUCUGAGCUUAGGCUCAGUGAGGGCAAGUUCCAGGCAUUUCUGGAUGUGAGCCACUUUACCCCUGAUGAGGUGACCGUGAGGACUGUGGACAACCUGCUGGAGGUGUCCGCCCGACACCCCCAGCGCCUGGACCGCCAUGGCUUCAUAUCCCGAGAGUUCUGCCGCACCUAUGUCCUGCCUGCUGAUGUCGACCCCUGGCGAGUCCGAGCUGCCCUCUCCCACGAUGGCAUCCUUAACCUGGAGGCACCUCGGGGUGGCCGACAUUUGGACACAGAGGUCAAUGAGGUCUACAUCUCCUUGCUCCCUCCACCUCCUGAUCCAGAGGAAGAGGAGGAGGCAGCCAGAGUUGAGCCUUGAUGGCCACAGACCCAGCACCCAGCAAAUCCCUUUCUACCUCCCAUGUUGAUAUCAGCAGCUGCCCACCACUCCAGAGGUAGCAGCAUCUUUGGGGGAAGGGAAGGGCGCAUGGUCCACAAUGUAUGGUUUGGUCCCAAGGGACGUGUCAUAGCCUUUGGUUUAGUUUUGGGUGGAGGUGAAUAAACCCAAAUCUCAGGGC